AUGGGCAAACGAAAGUCGUCACGCAAGCCCAUGGGCCCAAAGAAGGCCGAUCCACUACCGACCACCUUUACCUGCUUGUUCUGCAAUCACGAGAAGUCGGUUACCGUGAAACUCGACCGAAAAGCCGGCGUGGGCCAGCUGGACUGUCGCAUAUGUGGUCAAAAAUUCCAGUGCGCCGUCAACUACCUGUCGGCCGCGGUGGAUGUGUACGGAGAAUGGGUAGAUGCGGCCGAGGCUGUCGCCAAAGAAGACAGCGCGCGCGCCAGCUACACGGGAACAGCGAGAGCGUCGAGGCGCGAUCGAGACGCGGAAGAUGCGACGAGUGAUCGCGACGAGUCUCGCCAAUACAGCGGUGACGGUAUCGUGGCUGAUGACGAUGAUUGA